AUGGAAACUGAUAGUGUUACACAACAUACAUAUCAAUUAUUGUGUGAUGUUUUUGAUUUAGAACCUACAUUAUCUAUAAAAGAUUCAUUUAAAAUAAUUAAUCAAAAAUUGAUUCAAUAUCAAAAAGAUAAUGUUAUAAAGAAGCCUUUAAUUAAUGAACCUUUAUCCAAAAAAGAAGAACAGAUUCUUAGUAAUGUUAAUAAUGUAAUGUUUAAUGAUUAUAAACAACGAGAAAAUUUGUUCAAACUUCGUUCUCAAGCAACUCUAGACACUUUUCGUUAUUCUAAAGCAAAGCACUUCAAAGAAACUGACUAUAAUAAUAUGCUUAAAGCGGAAGAAUCUAAAGAUUUACCAUCUAUUGAAAAAUUGACUAUUCCACGUAUUUUAUCUGCAUCAGAAGAUUCAUUACAAGUUGAAAAAAUAUCAGGUGGAAAUAUUAACAAGAAUAUUGAUAUUCCAACUAAGAAGUAUGUUGUUGUGGAAAAACCAAAAGAUCGUGGAGGGCGUAUGAAAGUUUAA